GGUACGCCGGACGCCCAUCACCAUACUACAAGGAGAGCCACCGAAAGCUGCGCGACUACGUUCGAACAUGGUGUGAUGAGGUACGUCGAUCCGAACGAACCCCAGAACAUCGCGCCCUACACCGAAGACUGGGUGCAAGCCGGCGCCAUCGACCCAGCCAUAUACGGCAAAUGCGCCGCCGCCGGUCUUCUCGUGCCCAUCGCCUUCGGCAAGACAAUCCCACCCGAGUACGCGCACUACCCGAUCGCAGCGGGCAUCAAAGCCGCGGACUGGGACGGGUUCCACGACCUGAUCCUCUGGGACGAGCUGGUGCGCGCGGGGCCGAUCGCGAGCCUAUUCAUCGGGCUUGUGGUCGGGGCGCCGCCGCUGCAGAAAUUCGCCUCUCGGGAGCUGGCGCGCGACAUCUUCCCCGAGAUCCUGAGCGGGGAGAAGCGCAUCUGUCUUGCUGUUACUGAGCCCGAUGCCGGCAGCGAUGUGCGCAAUGUCAAAACCACGGCUGAGCGCGCGCCCGACGGGUCCCACUACGUCGUCAACGGCAGCAAGAAGUGGAUCACCAACGGCAUGUUCAGCGACUACUUUAUGACGCUUGUGCGCACGGGCGGCCCCGGGGCAGGCGGGCUGAGCAUGCUGCUUAUCCCGCGGUCCGAGGGCGUGCGGACGCGCAAGCUCGAGGUGGUCGCGGGCCCGCUGAGCGCAACCACGUACGUGACGUUCGAGGACGUGCGGGUCCCCGCUGCGUACCUGAUCGGGCGCGAGGGCGAGGGCUUCAAGCAGACCAUGGUCAACUUCAACCACGAGCGCUUGUGGAUUGCGUUCCAGGCGAUCCGGGGCUGUCGCGUUGCGCUCGAGGACGCGUUCAGCUGGGCGCUCAAGCGCGAGGCGUUUGAUAAGACGCUCAUUGAGCAGCCGGUUGUGCGGAACAAGUUUGGCAACUGCGGCCGCAUGGUGGAGAGCCUGCAGGCGUGGACGGAGCAGAUUGUGUACGAGCUGGAGAACCUGGACGAUGCUGAUGGCGCGCGGUUGCUGGGUGGUACGACGGCGCUGCUCAAGGUCGAGAGUGGGAUGGUGUGCAAGUAUGUUGCGGAGGAGUGUUUGAAGAUCAUGGGCGGACUGGGCUUGACAAAGACGGGGCAGGGUGCGAGGAUCGAGGCGUUUUACCGCGCCGUGCCUAGCUACACGGUACCUGGUGGGUCGGAAGAUGUGCUGAUUGACUUGGGGGUCAGAGAGGCGUUGAAGUUGCACAAGCAGGCGUCGAAGCUGAAGGCGAAGAUUUGA